CCAUCCUGCCGGUAGUGACCCCUCAGACUGUGCUGGAUAUCCUUGAAGUUCCGGAGACUGUAUUCAUUUCUGAGGUUUGCUGCGUCAAUUUGUCACUGCAGAGCAGCUUUGUUAUGAAGAACCUGCUGGACAAGGGAGUGAGAUGCCUGAUGACCAUCGGAGAGGUCACAUUUAAUGGUCGCAGGAUCAACAGCAAUCAGUGCCCAUUUGAGUUGAAGGGUCAAGUGGUUCUGUCUCCAAGCUCGUCUCAGACUGUGCAGGUGAUGUUUAGACCCAAAAGCCAGGGAGAAUACUCAGUGAAUGUGGAGAUACGCAGCCAGAAUAUGACCAAUCCACAGGAAAAUAGGAUCUACCUGUUACAUUUGUCUGGUUGUUCCGAGGAGCCAGCACUGCAGAUAUCUCCAGUAAAUGAUGAAAUAGAUUUUGGAGAAAUGAUUCGGGGGAGCACUUUUUGCCGCUCAAUAAACAUAAAAAAUGUUGGGCGUGCAACAAUACCGCUCCGAUGUUCAAUUUUUAGGAAAGAAUCUGCGCUCUGCAACUUCACCUUCUACCCAGAGAAUGUCAAGGAUGUGUCCUCUAUCUCCCUGACAACCAGGCCGGCAGAAGUGGGUACAGUCUGCUCCUUGUCUUUGCCUGGCAAGAAGGAUGGGCAGAAGAUACUCAUGGAGACUAUCAACAUCUUCUGUUGUGCUAAAGAGACACAGAAUCUUGCUAUACGGUACAUGGAAAAGGCAGAGAAGUUUCAAGCUCUUCUGACCAUUUGUGUGGAUGUGCCCAUCAAGGAUGUGCUUCCACUCUGUAAAGUCAAGCUGCAGGCUACUGCCGGCAUGUACAAGUUGCAUGUAGACCGAGAUACAUUACCGAUAAUAGCAGCUCCAGGAAAAACAGGUCAUGGAACAGUGCAGAUAAUCAACUCUGGGAAUAUCACCAUGCCUGUGAACAUCGCCUUAGAGCCGUGGCGGGACCACUUUGCCAUCAGCGCAACCAAAGUCUGUGUUCCCCCUGGAGAAAAUUGUCCUGUUCACGUGACUUUUACGCCACAGGCUACAAGAGGGGAGCAGGGAGAUAACAUUGUAAAAUUAAUGCUGCAGACUGAAGUUUCACAGUCGUUUGUUUCUGUCAUUGGCAAAAUUAAAGCAACAAAGACACAGAUUAGGUGCUCUGUCAACUCUGUCAGUUUUGGAGGCGUGGACUUGCGACAAGCACAGAAGCAGAAAAUUUCCUUCUACGUUGACAACGAUGAUGAUGUCAAAGUUUGCAUCAGAAACCCAGGCUCGGCUUUCAAGCUGCUGACUGAUGAAGGUAAUUUUGUGGACAGCUUCGAUGUUUCUGCGAAGAAAGGCCAAAAAUAUGAUGUCUUUAUGCUGUUCUCUCCGUCUGAGGUCAAAGGUUACAGUGCCGAUCUCCUAAUACAAGUUCUGUAUGCUAAUAGAUAUGCUAUUCCCCUCAGCGGCUAUGGAGGACGCAGCCAGGUGCUAAUAGAGGAGGUUCACCAGAACGACACUGGAGGUCUGAGCCUGGACAUUGGUCACCUGUAUCCAGAACAAACUGUUGUCCGCAAGUUUACGGUCAGGAAUACUGGCGUCCGUGUGUGCUACGUCAAGGCUUCCUUAUAUGAUACAUCACGACAAGUAUUUGCAACUUCCCAUGCCUCAGUCAUUCCAGCAGCUUUGAUUUUGCCUGCAAAUGAAACUUGUGACUUGUUCAUAACAAUGAAUCCAUCAAAGAAAGAAGCAGAGCUGUGUUUGCACGAGUGUGCCAUUGUGGCAAUCCUCAAACUGACCUGGGGAGAUGAGGUUGCCAGACAGCAUUUUAUUCUCCAACCUGGUCAGCAGUCACAGAAGCUUGUCCAUGACUUUGACAUACCCUUGACCUCCAUGCAGAAGGAGCUUGUCCAAGCAGAAAUGAAAGGCUUGCCCUUACCAGAAGAUAGCUAUUCUGCACUCAAGAAAGGCAUGUCAGUGAACAAGAUUGGAUUGUAUGGAGUUCCUUUGGAAAACCAAGUCUCAACUGUCAGGAACACAACAUCCAGAGUGGAACCAUAUCUCAACAGGCCAGCGUCCAGUCAGAGGUCAGUGCUAACCCCGGUCGAUGCAAACAUCAAGCCAAUGGACAGCAGUAAAAAGAUGUGGGCACUGAAUCCAGCCGAGCUUCAUUUCACUGGCGGGGACUUGAAAGUUCGAGACUUCAUCCAAGUGAUCAACUUCUCCACUAAUGAGCUACAAUUUUCUGUAGAGUUUGAUAAAAAGUACAUCACAGUUGUUCCGUCUAAGGUCUCUUGGGGAAAUUUGAGUCCCCAGCACUGUGUCCAUGGA